UGUUUUAUCUUGUAUCCAAACCAAGAAUCAUAUUCCCGAAUCACACAGUCACAAUCUCCUUUUGUCUGUUUCCACUUGCGAAUUGAAAGAGCCAACACAAAGAGAAGAGCUUCUUCUGUAAGAAAAGAUGCAGAAAGACAUGGGAACCGCAGAGGAUCAACAUCUUCCGCAAGGAUAUCCAGCUGCAGAAAAAGUCUCUGAACAACCAGGACAAGACGAGAAGAAGAAGCCAAGGUUUUUCGAGACAGAGCAGAAAGGAGACAGAGGCUUCAUUGAAGGAUGUCUCGCUGCACUAUGCUGCUGCUGGAUUUGUGAAAUGUGUUUCUAAGGUAAAGAAGAACACUACAGUGUGUCGAGCUACCUUGUGUAUCUAUUAGUGUGAGAGAUUGCAGGACUAUAUAGUAGACCAAUCUGAAACUUCCUAUACUAUGUGUGUGGCGUUUGUAUGUAUUGUUGUAAGAUUGCAGGACUCUAUAGUAGCUUAAUCUGAAACUUCCUGUACUGUGUGUGGUGUUUGUAUGUAUUGAAAGAUGAUUAUUAUACUAAUAAUGUAAAGGUGGUCAUAUU